CAAGAUAUUUGCAAAAUUAUUAGUUAUUAAUUAUUACACAAGAUGGCUUCAACCCCUUUGUUGACUGCGCAUGCGCAAUGCAAUCAGGUUAAAGUUACAGCCUGGUCAGCUGUACAAGAAAAGCUUCACAUUGCUAUAAUUUUUUCUCCUCAGUAAUAAUUUUGUUUCUAAAAUGGUAUAAGAAUGAUGUAGAGUGUAUUCAUGGCCCUUUAAUGGAGAAACCAUUCCUCCUGAUCCGCCUCUUCCAUUUAAGGCUUCAAGCUUAAAGCCCAGGAGUAUUCUCACACACUCCUCACACACUCCUCACACACUCUGUAGUAGGCUAGUAUGUGUGUUUAACUCAGUCUACACGCCUAAAAAUAACCCUCAUUACCUCAGCUACUAAUACUUCACUGUACUACUUGGUGUGGUAGUAUGCUUGUUCUCAAGCACAGCCCCUGUGUGUGUGUGUGUGUGUGUGUGUGUGUGUGUGUGUGUGUGUGUGUGGGAGUGUGUGAGUAUGUGAGUAUGUUAGUGUGAGUGUCGCCUGUAUUUUGCUUCCUGCUUCCAGGACUCGAGCUUCACUCCCCUUCUCACAGCACAACUUUUAACCACACCGACUACAGCAGCUCAGAGGAGGCAAGAGCACAGGGUUCUUUAGCAGUUUCUCCACAAGAAAGGAAAUAUUUCUGCUUCAUUUCUGUACACAGAUCAGCAGGAGUUUAAACACCUUUGUGCGAGUCACGUCUCACCUGAGCGGCGUUUCAGUGAGCCGGGAGCUGGGAUGGCGUUACUGACCCUGCACAGAUCUCCGUCUGUCUCCACCGCGCCAGAUGAAACCAUUGCAAGAAGCGGGAGACUUCAGAAGAGGGAGAGUUUUGCCUUCGUCAGAGGUGCGGUGCUUUUACUAGAAGACGGAGCGAGGGAGGGGCCAAAUGAAGAAGCCACGCCCUCUCCGCUUGUGGGCGGAGCUUCUGAUACAAAGCGCAAGCAUUUACAUGCUAUGAUUUCACUACUGAGACCUGAAGAUACCGUCAAACUGGCUGUUCGCUUGGAGUCAGUGAGUCCCGUCAGAGUGAGAUAUUUACUUGUUGUUACAACCACCAGCAACAAACAGGAGAGUCUUCUGCUUGGCAUGGACUUCCCAAACAUGAACAGUGAUGAUUGCACUAUUGGCCUGGUUUUGCCCAUAUGGAGUGACACGCAGGUGUAUCUGGACGGAGACGGUGGCUUCAGUGUGACGUCUGCAGAAUGCACGAGGAUAUUUAAGCCUGUGUCUAUUCAGACAAUGUGGUCCGUGCUCCAGGCGCUGCACGGCUGUUGCGAGCGGGCGGUGCAGGGUGCCAUGAUCCCAGGCUGUGGUUUGGACUGGGCUCAGCACUACAAACAGCACGUGGAGUCGGACCAGCAGUGUGUGAACGAGUGGAGGGCCAUGACGGGCCUCGAGUCAGUACGCAAGGACAACAAAAGCCACAGCACGGAGAGAGAGAGAGUAGAGAGAGAGAUUAAAGUCCAGCUCAGAGACAUCAUGAGGACCGUGGACCUGGAGAACAUCACGUCCAAACAGAUUCGAUCUGCUCUGGAGGCCAAGAUCGGUUUGGACAUGAAGAACUAUAAGGAGUACAUUGACAAUGAGAUGAUGGUCACCAUGGCUCAGAUGGACAAACCAUCCAAAAUCUUAGACUAUCUUUAUCUGGGCUCUGAGUGGAACGCAGCCAACUUUGAAGAACUUCAGAAAAACAAUGUGGGUUACAUCCUUAAUGUCACCAUGGAGAUCGAUAACUUUUUCCCAGAAUCCUACACCUACAUGAAUAUCCGUGUGUAUGACGUGGAGUCGACGGAUCUUCUCUCGCACUGGAAUAACACGUACAUGUUCAUUAACGAAGCCAGGAAGAGCGGGCAAUCCGUAUUGGUGCACUGUAAGAUGGGCGUGUCUCGCUCUGCCUCCACGGUCAUCGCGUUUCUGAUGAAGCAGCAGGGCUGGACGUUAGAGGACGCGCUUAACCAUGUGAGAGAGCGCAGACCCAUCGUUCAGCCCAACGACAGCUUCCUCAAACAGCUACACACCUACAGUGGCAUCCUCAGCGCCAGUAAUCAGCGGCACAGCUCCCUCUGGAAGCGGAAGUCCAGAUCGGACACGCUGAAUAAACCGGCUCAGAAGCAGGAACAGAAGGCAGAGAUGGAGGGAGAGCAGGGAGACGAUGAGCAUGAAGAAGAAGAGGAUGAGGAGAGUCCAGAGGAGGAAGAGAGCUUAGAGACGGACGAGGAUGAGGAGAGAGAUGUGUUUGCUGAAUCACAGUCUGAUAUCCUCCCUGAUGCAGGACCAGAAACAACAAACCCUGUUAUUACUGUCCAGGACAGUGACAAGGUGACCCCGAGUCCCAGCAGAAGUGGAAGAAUGGAUCUGUUUUCUCUCAUGCAGUCCAUCCAGCUGGACGACGAGGAGCGACUGAGCGAUCUAGAAAACGCAGCGGCUCAGAGGAAAUCUCCGGCCCAGAGGAGACGCAGCAGUCACAAACGACGAGCUCUGACUCACCAGAAGGCUCACGUGGACGUUUCUCCCGACCCACACAGCCAAUCACAGAGCAGGAAACAGGAAAUCCAGGGCUCGGCACCAGCGAGUAACAAUGAGGAGAGGAGAACAGACUAAAAUAGAGGAGAGGAAGAACACUCCUCUGGAGCAAAUUGAUCCUGAUGGAGAUCAUUUUAAUGAAUCAUGGUGAGGGUUUUUUUUUUUUUUUUUUCCCUUCAGUUUGGGAGUUGGUUCAAAAGAAGACCGGAUGACACACACACACACACACACACACACACACACACACACACAUUUAUCCACAUUCACUCUUUUCAACAAACUUCAGUGCAGCUUUAUAGAUUACGCUACAUAAGUCGAAUAAGACGGACACACACACACACACACACACACACACACACUGACACUGCAAUACAUUCUUGUUUUGACAUGAGAUUUGAUGCAGUGUGAAAACUUUCCCAACGUCACUCUGUGCCUUUCUUUUGUCCUUCACACACUCUCAGCCUGAGCUGUAUGUUCACACACACCCUCACUGAUUUAACACAGUAUUAAAGAACAGGGGGGGAAAAAAGGCAUACGUUUUCCCAUUUCCCAGAGAUAAGAAACAUCCCUGUAUUAUUAUUAUUAUUAUUAUUAUUAUUAGUGGUAGUAGUAUCUGUUGCACCAGGUGAAAAUAGCAUUAACUACAGUACACAGUGCAGCUGUUUGCACUACAAAUAAAAUAGAUUUAAAAAAAAUUGUGCUCUUAUUUACCAACAUUAGCUAAGCUAGCCAGCUAUCUAAACCCAAAACUGUGCUGAUGUUACGUCUCUAGCCAUGCACACGUGCUAACAAGCUAGCCAAUAUUAGUCUUGGUGUUGUAUAAUUUAUUUAAUUAAGUAUUUAGGACCAAGUUAUGUAACAUUAGGCUAGGUAUUACAUGGCAUAAAAUAAAAGUAGCCAAGGUCUCUAGCAAGCCAGAUAACAUAAGCAUAACUGUUCUGUAAAAAAAAAAAGCAAUUAGCCAGACUUGCUAGUGAGUGAGCUAAUGCUAAGUUACUGUAUUGUGUAAACCAGAAACAAACGAUGCAAGCAAGUUAGGCUAACUAGCUCAGCUUAGGCUAAUGGUAAAUUAUAUUUUAUAAACCUGAGUCUAAGCUGGCUAACAUUAGCCUAACGAUUGUUCCACCAGGAAAUACUGUGUACACCAGUAGCCAUUAGGCUAACAAAUUACACUGUGUACACCAGUAGCCAAAUUCGUUAGCAAGCUAGCUAACAUAAGGCUAACAAUAAAUUGUGUACACCAAUAGCCAAGUUCGCUAGCAAGCUAGCAAACAUUAAGCUAACUCUUAUAUUGUGUAAACCAAUAGCCUGAUGUUAGCUAGCUUGCUAGCGAAUUUGGCUAACUUUAAAUUAGAUUGUGUAUACCAAUAGACAGGACUCCUAACAAGCCAGCUAGCAUUAGCAUACUGAUUAUAGCCAAAUUCGCUAGCAUGCUAGCUAAUCUUAAGCUAAGUAUCAUAUUGUUUGAAUAGCUACGGUUGCUAGCAUGUGCUAUUGUGUGAUAAAGAGGGGGAAUUAGCAGUGAAUAAACUAAAAGUAAAGUUUUCUAUUUUCACCUGGAAGCAAAAGCUAUAAAAAUUAUUAUUAUUAUUAUUAUUAUUAUUAUUAUUAUUUAGUAGACUUUUUAAAAUAAAAUGACCAAGUUCCUUUAGAGAUGUUUUAUUCCCUCAUUUCUAUGCAAAUGUAAUUAACUAAGUGUAAUUAAUUUUUAACUUCAUAGCUUUUUUUGUCUUUCUAUUAGCAUGAAGCUUGAAGCUGCCACUUUUUGGAUUCUGUGAUCUCAGACUGCCAGUCAAAAGUUUUUCAGCCCCCUAUAUUAACCUAUUUAAACAUCCGGGCCCGUUUUAUACACUCUAAAAUCAUUAAACUUAAGUCAACAGUAUGACGUAACUGAGAAUUUUCUUUAGUGGUUUAGGCUGUGUUCACAUGUGCAGUGUUUCAUGUGCUUGAACAGAACCGUGGUGUGUUCUCCGCCUCGGUGUCGGCACGGGUCUUUAGUCAGUCAUGUGUGUUUUUGGAUGCAGCCUUUUUUUUGUCUAUUUUUUUAAUUUGCAAGCUGCUAAACUGAGCCAACGCACAGAGCUGUAGCGCUGCAGAAAUGCCAUGUGUUCUGGACAUUUGGACGAACAAAAAUAAACACUGGACGUGACGCAUGAUGUUUUAAACGAGUUAUUUAUUUAAGAUUCGGAUCACGUCUCCGUGUUCUCCGUGUUCUCCGUGCUCGGCUGAUGUUUGUGAUUUGUGCGCACACUUGGUAAAGGUUUGCGUAACGUUUUCCAUCGCUGUAUUUCUGGUCAGUGAAUGAAAUAGUUGUUGUACGAGGACGUUUUCAGCCCUACACACCCCCGAGACCUGUUUUUGUGGCUCGUUUAAUUGUAUGCAGUUUGAAGCCAAACCAAAAAAUGAUUGAACGUUAGGAUCUGAGAAAGGCGUUUAGUCAACACUAGUGUAAUAUUUUGUUUUGUCCGUAGCACUUUAUAGUGAUCACAACCUCCAGGUGUUUAAAACGUCUGACUGGCAGUGUAAUAAGUGUUUUAAAUUUAUCAGGUUUCACAAUAUUUAUAUAAGAAAAUUAGUCUCAAACAGGAUACGAAGGAAUUUAUUCAUAAAUUGUUCGCAGGAGGAUUUACACAAGAUCUGUGGCGUGGUGUUUGGAAAAAAUUUUUCUUAUCCUACGUUUUACUCUAGAGUUUUUGUACAUUUGUGUAUAAGGAGACUCUGCAAUGCGAACCUCGAUUGAUCGGCUUCAAAUCGUAUAAUUUCCAAUGAGUUCCUGCGAUUUUAUAAAUUAAUUAUUAAGUUUAAAUCUGAUUUAUUUCAAUUACACACCAAUUGAAUGAAUUCAUAUUUUCAUUACAUAUUAAUGACUUUAAAACCAAAACAAAUCCAUAAAUUAAGACAAAUAAGACUAGUUAUUUGCUAGUUUUUACAGGCACUCUGUAAAACGAGGAGGAGUUAGUGUGCGUGUCUCUUGUAGCUGAUGUGCUGCGGUGGCUGAGCCGCAUUACUGGAAGAUUUAGCACGCACAGUGCUUAGGAGGUGCUCUUUCACCGUUUAGUCGUCAUUUUGUCUUUUUUGGCUCUUUGCCUUUUAUGGAGUUCUGUGGGCGUGGCUAAAUGUAACCAUGCCAUGAAUGCGUUUGGUAUUUUACAACUGACUGGACUUUAUCAACAUACGCAUAUGAGUACGAAGAAAAUCAGCAAAAAAUCAGCACUUUUGGAAAUCUGAUGGGAAUUUUUUUUACACACAACUUUACAAAAAAAAAAAAAAAAAAAAAGAUAAA